CCAGGUCAAAGGUUGGAGUUCAACCCGCCCGCCUUCUGGAGGCAAGAGAAACAAGAUGGCAGAUCAACAAGACAAACGGGACUUGUUUUAGUUAAUCCAACUUUUCCACUUUUGAUUUCUACACAUUCAAAUAUAUACAAUUAGCUAGCCAAAGCAAUCUAGCGCCGACGCCUUUUAUGGGUGAUAUAUCAGCUACUUAAGCGAGAUUUCACAGGUUAGCUGAUUGCCAACUGCCGUUAGACUGCUAGCUAGGCUAAGCUAGGCUAGCUUGUUUCUGUCUGGUCGGAGCGUAGUGAGACCUGCCAUCAUGCAGGACCUGAUAGCCACCGUGGACCACAUCAAGUUUGAUCUAGAGAUAGCUGUGGAGCAGCAGCUGGGGGCUCAGCCUCUCCCCUUCCCCGGGAUGGACAAGUCCGGGGCUGCUGUGUGUGAGUUCUUCAUGAGAGCAGCCUGUCUCAAAGGUGGUAUGUGUCCGUUCCGUCACAUCAGUGGGGAGAAGACGGUGGUGUGUAAACACUGGCUCAGAGGACUCUGUAAGAAGGGAGACCAGUGUGAGUUUCUACAUGAGUACGACAUGACCAAGAUGCCCGAGUGUUACUUCUACUCCAAGUUCGGAGAGUGCAGUAACAAGGAAUGUCCGUUCCUCCACAUCGACCCAGAGUCUAAGAUCAAAGACUGUCCCUGGUAUGACAGAGGCUUCUGCAAACAUGGUCCAGACUGCAGACACCGCCACACCAGAAGAGUAAUCUGUAUGAACUACUUGGUUGGGUUUUGUCCAGAGGGCCGGUCCUGUAAAUUCAUGCAGUGAGUUUAUUCUCUUCUUCAAUCUGUUUAAUAUUCACCUUUU